UUGAGUUUUAAUAAGGUUCCUCAGGGCAUGGGCCACAGGAUAGGCUGUCAGUACGGACAGUGGUUCCUCUCUUGACCUUUAACACAUCUACAAUACAGCUGCCCAAGGUGGGAGGCAGGUACUCUAAUCUUGUCCUCAUAGGUGAAGCUAAAUCAGCACCCCUUCUCCCCCCAUGCUGUAUUCCACACAUACUGAACAAGGCAUGGGGUCCUCUGAGGUCUCAGGAAUCUUCUGACUUUUUUGUCGUCCUGCCUGCCCUCUGGCCCUCAUGAACAAAGCUUAAAACUAGGCCAGCCCACCAUUCCAGCCUCACCAUCAAGCCUGGUUCACGGUGUCCUGGAUAGCCAACCCCAUCAAGGUCCUUGAAGACCACGGCUGUUUCCUCUGCCCGGACAGCUCUUCCUACAUAUUCUGUCCCCUAAAGUGACUUCUGGUCUUUGGAGUCUGGCUGGUCAUCACCAUCCUGGCAGACGCACCACCCAUCUCACCCCUGCCCUUCUUUUAUUCUGAGGUGUCUCUCAGAGGGCUGCAUGCAGAAGGCACUUAGUUCAAUAUCCACUCAUUUAUUUGUUCACCUCCUGCCCUGGGGCAGGUGGGCCUGCUGUGUGUGUGAGGAGGUAGGCGGCAUAGAGACAGGCCACCUCCACCUUCUACCUGGACUCAGGCUUAGAGACAGAAGGGGCGGAAGGUGGUAGCCAGAGCCUGGGGUGGUGUCUGCUCCCUCAUUACACUCGUAGCCGCCGGCGGGAGUGGAGGUAGGCUGCAGAAAUGUCUCUGCUCUCCACGCAGGGCUGGAGUCCGGUGGACCAGAGAGGGCGAGCCCUACUGCUGCUUCCAUUCAUGUUAAGGGCUGAAGGCUGCCACCUGGGGUCGCAGUGCAGUCUGAGCCAGCCGAGACCAAUCUGGGGCUUCAGACCGCAUUUCCAGCCUGGGUCGCAGCGCUCCAGCUCCAGCACAGCGGGGAGCGCACGGGGGCGUGGCCCGCGGAUGGACAGCGCUGGUCCCUUCUCUACCCCGUCCCUAAGGCGACACUGAAAGCGUCCUCUGGCACAGACAUUCCUCGCUGCCCCCGCGCCAGAGCCUCUGAGACUUUAGUUCCGAGUCUGCUAGAACCGGAAGUGCAGCCUGGCAGCGGCGGCUGAUCGCCAUAGAAACACCGGAAACGUGCUCUGACCUAGCGCUCCCCAACUCCACAGCGCCUGCGGACUUGGGUUCCGCCAGCGUCGCAGCCCGAAAGUGCGGCCUUGUCGGUGGCGAGCGGGAGAAGACCACGUCCCGGCCUGGUGCCUGAGGAGGAGCCGGAGGUCUCAACAGGCUCCCUCUGGCUGUCGCAGGGAAUAGACUGGGAGGCGGGGGAACACAAGGAGAUGACUCCGUCAGCCUCGGCCAGCGCUCCCAGCGGUACCGGGGCAGUGGAGGUGUGCCAAGUGAUCUGAGGUGCAGAUGGCGGCAGCAGAGGCGGUGCACCACAUACACCUGCAGAAUUUCUCCCGCUCGCUGCUCGAGACCCUCAACGGGCAGCGGUUGGGCGGUCACUUCUGCGACGUGACUGUGAGGAUCCGCGAGGCUUCACUGCGUGCACACCGCUGUGUGUUGGCUGCUGGCUCGCCUUUCUUCCAGGACAAGCUGCUUCUCGGCCACUCCGAGAUCCGCGUGCCACCGGUGGUGCCGGCGCAGACAGUGCGCCAGCUUGUCGAGUUCCUCUACAGCGGCUCACUUGUGGUGGCACAGGGCGAAGCACUGCAGGUGCUCACGGCCGCGUCGGUGCUGCGCAUCCAGACAGUCAUAGACGAGUGCACACAGAUCAUUGCCCGUGCCCGUGCCCCGGUCCCGGGGGCGCCUGCACCCCUGCCCACGCCCGUGCCCCCACCUCUUGCACCUGCGCAGCUACGACAUCGCCUGCGCCACCUGCUUGCCGCGCGCCCUCCGGGCCACACCGGUGCUGCUCAUAGCCGCAAGCAGCGCCAGCCGGCACGCCUGCAGCUGCCGGCGCCCACUGCGCCCACCAAGACAGAGGGGUCAGAUGUCGACCCCUCCCUACCGGCAGCCCCAGAUGAUGGCGGUGAUGGCGACGAGGAGACCGAUGAUGAAACCGACGGCGAGGACGGCGAAGGCGGCGGCCCAGGAGAGGGCCAGGCACCCCCUACCUUCCCCGACUGCGCCGCCGCCGGCUUCCUCACCGCCGCCCCUGCCAGCGCGUGCGAGGAGCCGCCUGCACCUGCUGGCCUCUCUGACUACGGCGGCGGCCCUGGGAGGGAUUUCCUUAGGGGGGCUUCGGCGGCGGAAGAUGUAUUCCAGGAGAGCUACGUCCCUGCUUGGCAAGAUGAGGAUGGCACUGCCGCGGAAGCCUGUGCCACCGAGAACCCGGCUCCGCCUGACUGUGUCCUGUCUGGAUCCCAUGCCCCGGGCGUGAAGACCCCGGGGCCCCCAGUCUCGCUUUUCCCAUUUCAUCUGGGCGCUCCUGGGCCGCCUGCGCAACCUCCUCCCGCGCCCUCGGGGCCUGCUCCCGCCCUCCCCUCCGCCUUCUACCCGGCACUCCAGCCUGAUGCGGCCCCCAGCGCACCUCCCGGGGAGGCUCCAGCCCCGCCCGCUGCUCCCGCUGCGGCCCCCUCGGCCACCCCUGCCCGACCCCCAGGUACGGCCGAGCCGCCUGCCUAUGAGUGCAGUCACUGCCGCAAGACGUUCAGCUCGCGGAAAAACUACACCAAGCACAUGUUCAUCCACUCUGGGGAGAAGCCCCACCAAUGCGCCGUGUGUUGGCGAUCUUUCUCGCUGCGCGACUACCUGUUGAAGCAUAUGGUCACGCACACAGGCGUGCGUGCCUUCCAGUGCGCUGUCUGCGCCAAGCGCUUCACGCAGAAGAGCUCUCUCAACGUGCACAUGCGCACGCACCGGCCUGAGCGUGCGCCCUGUCCCGCCUGCGGCAAAGUCUUCUCACACCGCGCGCUGCUCGAGCGCCACCUGGCCGCGCACCCUGCGCCUUGAUCCAGGUCUGGGCCUGGCUACACCCACCGCAGAAUUGACCACGCCCCCGCGCUGUAGGCCACCCUCUUCUGUGUUAGGGGACCUCCCAUGGAACUAGCCCACAACCACUGCGGGACCGGUAACAUCCCUGCCGAGCCGGCUCAUACCUGCCUAGACGCCUUGACCACAUUCCCAUCACCAAGCCAUGCUUUCCUCGAAGUGCAGGCCUUCCCUCUGCUUCCACUCUUUUCUCCAGACCUGACCAGGGGUCCAUCCCUUCAUACUCCUCUCCUUCCUCAUGGUUAGACCCUCCUGAUGGUGGCAGCCUGGGGCUAGGGUUGGUCAGGGACCCGACCACCCCUGAGAACUGGAUCAUCACCAACCUAAACUCAGACUGGCUGCUCAGACCCUUGGGCCAGGCCCAAGAUUUGUGGCUCUGACUCCUUGUGUGAGUGGGUGGAUUCUGUAGCUGCUCCUCUGCCCCAUGCCAAGCCGGGCAUGAUCCCUGGCUCCCCACCCUGAACUACCCCUCCCUCAAUCUGGCAUCUAGGGGGCUCAGGUGGGCCCAUCAUGGACUGGGACAGGGCCUUGGGACUCCCACUCUCUAAUAAAGUACUGUGGGCCAUGGGUUCCAAACCCAGAAGCUGUGAGCUCCCAGACCCACGCGUUUUUCACCA